AUGGAAAAAUUUAGUAAAUUUAAUGACCCAUUUACUGGUAUAAAUCCUUUUGUACAGGGAAAAUUAAGAAGUUAUAGCAUUUUUAAAUGUUUAAUAUUCUGCCCUAUUUAUCUUCUGAGUAAACUUCAUCCAAUAUUUUUUAAAUUACUGUUUUCUAUUAAGAUUUCAGGAAAGAUAAAUCAACAACCAAAGACAAUGAUUUGUAACUCAGCAUCUACUUUUGAUAUACCAAUAUUAAAAUAUAUCCUUGGUAUAAAAAAUUUUUAUUUUUUGAGAUGUGGAAAUUUUUAUGAUAAAAAUCAAUUUUUAAUUAAAAGGAUUACUAAGCCUUGUAUUGUUUUUGUUGAAGGUACUUCCACAAAUAAUAAAUCUAUUUUAAAUUACAAUUGUAAUUUUAAGAUAGAUAGUGUUUGUUGUAUAAAAUAUACAGAAGUAUAUUGUUAUGGAAGUUAUAUUAGAUAUCUUGCAAGCUUAUUGUCAAAUGAAAAUAAAAUUGAAAUAAAUUUUAAACAAACACAAGAUCCAAAGGAUUUAAUAAAAAUAAGUAAUCUUAAACAAGUAAAAUUUACUUAUAAAGAUAAAGAAGAAUUUAAUAAAUUAUUAAAAUAA